GGGGACGUGAACUCACAUAACGUGCAAGUAGGGGCAUCUUCUCAGCAAGCUUACUUACAUGCAUCUUGCCGGGUAGGCAGGUGCACGCCUUUGCAGGAGAGCGAAGGUAUCACAUUGUUCAUUCGCGAACUGAGCCAAGGUUGGUAAAGUCGGACCGCUUGAUACAGUCAAGGACUUGUUGGAUGUCAAGCUCGGGCAGAAUUUUGGAUCAAGAGCCGAGUUUUUCGCACCUGCCAGGAAUACUAAGUGCCAUGCCUUCCAAGGCGUGCUCGGUGGCUCUUGCCAGCGCUGGCGCCUAUGCGGCUGCCCAAGCCUUCCUGGCUCCAUCUGCACCGCAGGUGAGCCGGGAACAGCAGGUGCGGCACCUGCGCCAGCAGCCGGCUGAGGCGGCCACUUCCUCCUCCUGCGCCUCUGCAGGGGCGCUGGCGCUUGGCGUGGCUGCCGUGGCAGCGGCGACCGCGCAGAGCAAGCGCGCCGUGCGGCGCCAGGUGGUUCGCCAGGCCACGGCCACCGCAGAGAAGACGGAGAAGGCCUUCGCAAAGAUGCCGGCGUCCGUGAAGCCAGGAGUGGUCACGGGCAAGGCGCUGGUGGACCUGCUGAACUACGCCAAGGAGAACGAGUUCGCCAUCCCUGGCGUGAACUGCGUGAGCAGCAGCUCCAUCAACGCCUGCAUGGAGGCGGCAAAGAAGGCCAAGGGCACCGUCAUGGUGACCUUGUCUCGUGGCGGCGGCCAGUUCAUUGCCGGCAAGGCUGCGGACAACACCGACGAUGCUGCCUGCAUUGCGGGCACCGUGGCGGCAGCGCUCCACGUGCGACAGGUGGCCAAGCUCUACGGCGUGCCUGUGAUCCUCCACACGGACCACUGCCAGAAGGCCUGGCUGCCAUGGUUCGAUGGCCUCAUGGAGGCAAACGAGGAGUACUUCAAGCUGCACGGCGAGCCCCUCUUCUCGUCCCACAUGCUGGACCUGUCGGAGGAGCCUUUGGAGGAGAACAUUGCCAUUUGCAAGAAGUACUUGGAGCGAAUGGCCAAGAUCGACAUACUGCUGGAGAUGGAGUUGGGUGUGACUGGCGGCGAGGAGGAUGGCGUGGACAACACGGAUGUGGACUCUUCCCGUCUCUACACGCAGCCUGAGGAGGUUUGGCAGGUCUACGAGGAACUCUCCUCCGUGCCCAACGGCAACUUCACGGUGGCAGCUGCCUUCGGCAACGUGCACGGGGUUUAUGCCCCGGGCAACGUGGACCUGAAGCCGGUGAUCCUGCACAACACUCAGAAGUACGUGAAGGAGAAGCUGGGCUGCGAGAGCGACAAGCCCAUGUCCUUUGUCUUCCACGGCGGCUCGGGCUCCUCGCUUGAGGAUAUCCGCUAUGCCAUUGAGGCGGGCGUGGUGAAGAUGAACAUUGACACCGACACCCAGUGGGCCUUCUGGGAUGGCAUGAACCAGUACCAGAAGAAGAACAAGGACUACCUGCAGGCCCAGAUCGGCAACCCGGAGGGGCCUGAAAAGCCCAACAAGAAGUACUACGACCCUCGCAUGUCCCUGCGAGCGGGCGAGGAGGUCAUGGCAGACCGUCUGGUGCAGUGCAUGGAGGAUCUGAAGUGCAUUGACCGUCUCUGAGGAAUUCUUUCCGAGGACUGUCCACAUGCUGUUUCUGAUGGCGACUAAUGGACACACUCAUUGCACUUUGUACUCAACAGUUGUCACAUUUUUCCAGAUUAUUUCCGUGGUCGUAUCUCAGCGUGUUGAAGCCAACCUGCGUCGGGCAUGCAGACAAUGUUGCAAACCGGCAUGAGCUAGACCCAGC